ACUAUAAAAACCGGCUGGCGAAAAGCUGAACUCAAAGUUCCUACCGAGUGUGCUGAUGUGGGGGCGCCUGGGUCCCUGGUCGCAGCGCAGACGACAGAAAGUGCUGGGGUCGAGCCAGCAACCUUUGGCCUUCAGUCGCUGCAUUCCGGGUCUGUGCCCCUCAUCCUCCUCGGGCGGCCCACCUGCCAAGGUGAGAUCUCACGCCAGUGAGCCAACCUAAGGAUCUUGAACACAGCCUUGCUCUUCAUCCAAGGCCCUGGCACUUUAACCAAACAGAAAGCCGCCGACAGCCGCUCUCUGUUACCUGUUGAGCAGAGAACAGCAAGAGGUUCUUUUUGGCAGAAUCCCCUGCCUUCUCUGAGAAAGAAAGAUGGCGAAAGAGGGGUAUUCCACAGAAGAGACUUUCCGUUUCCUCAUCUCAUGCUUCAGGACCAGAUUAAAGAUGUGCAUCAAGCUCCACUCCACUCUGGACUACCUGGACUUUUUGGAUCCAGAAGACAAGGAGAAGAUACGAAGUAAGGCCAUGGUCAGUGGAGACAUAGCGGCAGUUGAACUGCUUCUGACAACCUUGGAGAAAAAGGACUGGGGCCCAGGCUGGCCUAGGGUAUUUUUAGAGGCCCUCCAGCAAUCUGGCAGCACCUUGGCUCUGCUCUAUACGGACCCUAACCUCACAGACUUGCCCUCUCCAUCCUUUGAGACCUUUCAUGAUGAGUGUGUAAAACUGCUGAACCUCCUUCAGCCUACUGUGGUGCAAAACCUUCUGGUAAGCGAUGUCCUGGAUAAGUGUGUGGCGGUGACACUGCUGACAAACGAAGACAGAAAUCGGAUUAUUGCAGCAGCUAUGCAUGGAAAUGAAUCAGCUGCAAGAGAGCUACUGAGAAGGAUCGUGCAGAAAGAAAACUGGUUUUCAACUUUUAUGAUGGUUCUGAGGGAAACAGAAAACCACAAAAUUGCGAAUGAGUUAACAGGCACAACCUGCUUUGAAAGCAGUACAGAGACCAAGAAUUUAUCACCAGAAGAUGGCUCCAAAGUUCAAAUGCCAUACCUUUUGGCCACAGAUCAGCCCAAUCCAGAGGAAGACAACCAGCACAUGGAGAAUAAUUCACUGGAAUCAUCUACUGCAAAUUCUUCUCUAGUUCUAGAAUCAGACACAAGUUUGGCAGAAGGAAGUGUCAGCUGCUUAGAUGAAAGUCUUGGACAUAACAGCAACAUGGGCAGUGAUUCAGGCACCAUGGGAAGUGAAUCAGAUGAAGAGAAUGAGGUGGAAAGAUCAUCCCCUGAGCCAGAACUGCAACUCAGGUCUUACCAAAUGGAAGUUGCUCAACCAGCUUUGGAAGGGAAGAAUGUCAUUGUAUGCCUUCCUACAGGCAGUGGGAAAACCAGAGUAGCUGUUUACAUUGCCAAGGACCACUUGGACAGAAAGAGAAAAGCUUCUGAACCUGGCAAAGUUAUAGUUCUUGUCAACAAGGUUCCAUUAGUUGAACAGCUCUUCCGCAAAGAGUUUAAUCCAUUUUUGAAGAAAUGGUACAUUAUAAAGCGAAUAAGUGGUGAUACUCAAUUGAAAAUAUCAUUUCCGGAAGUUGUCAAAUUAGGUGAUGUUAUUAUUAGUACAGCCCAAAUUCUGGAAAACUCACUUGUAAACUCAGAAAAAGGAGAAGAUGCUGGUGUCCUGUUGUCAGACUUUUCCCUUAUUAUCAUUGAUGAAUGCCACCACACCAACAAAGAAGCAGUCUAUAAUAACAUCAUGAGGCGCUAUUUGGAACAGAAAUUGAAAAAUCAUAAGCUUGGAAAACCAAUGUUUCCCCUGCCUCAGAUACUGGGACUAACAGCCUCGCCUGGUGUUGGAGAAGCCAAGAAGCAAGCCAAAGCUGAGGAGCACAUUUUAAAAAUAUGUGCCAAUCUUGAUGCAUUUACCAUUAAAACUGUGAAGGAAAAUAUUGUUCAACUCAAAGACCAAAUAAAGGAACCAUGCAAAAAGCUUGCAAUUGCAGAUGACCCUAGAGAAGAUCCAUUUAAAGACAAGAUUUUAGAAAUAAUGACAGAAAUUCAGACUUUUUGCCAAAUGAAUCCAAUGUCAGAUUUUGGAACUCAACAUUAUGAACAAUGGGCCAUUCAAAUGGAAAAAAAAGCUGCAAAGGAAGAAAAUCGCAAAGACCGUGUUUGUGCAGAACAUUUGAGGAAGUACAAUGAGGCCCUACAGAUUAAUGACACGAUCCGCAUGAUUGAUGCAUAUAAUCACCUUCACACUUUCUAUACUGAUGAGAAAAAAAAGAAGUUUGCGGUCCUACAUGAGUCGGAUGAGGACAGUCACAGUGAUAACGACGGACUUGAUCAAAAUAUACUUAUGAAACUGUAUGACACAGAUAAAUUUCUUUUAAAAUUAUUUUUUGACAACAAAGAGAGUUUGAAAAAGUUGGCUCAAAAACCAGAAUAUGAAAAUGAAAAGCUGAUCAAAUUAAGAAACACUAUAAUGGAACAAUAUACAAGGACUGAAGGAUCAGCACGAGGAAUAAUUUUCACAAAAACCCGACAAAGUGCAUUUGCACUUUCCCAGUGGAUUUCUGAAAAUGAAAAAUUUGCUCAAGUAGGAGUCAAAGCCCACCAUUUGAUUGGAGCUGGACACAGCAGUGAGUUUAAGCCUAUGACGCAGAAUGAACAAAAAGAAGUCAUUAGUAAAUUUCGCAUAGGAAAAAUAAAUCUGCUUAUCGCUACCACAGUAGCAGAAGAAGGUCUGGAUAUCAAGGAAUGUAAUAUUGUUAUCCGGUAUGGCCUCGUCACCAACGAAAUUGCCAUGGUCCAGGCCCGUGGUCGAGCCAGAGCCAAUGAGAGCACCUAUGUCUUGGUUGGCAACAGUGACUCAGGAGUUUUUGAACGUGAAACAGUGAAUGAUUUCCGAGAAAAAAUGAUGUACAAAGCUAUAGAAAGUGUUCAAAAUAUGGACCGAGAGGAAUAUGAUCAUAAGAUUUUGGAAUUACAGAUUCAAAGUAUAAUGGAGAAGAAGAUGAAAGCCAAAAAAGUUAUUGCAAAACAACUGAAGAAUAACCCAUCAUUAAUAAAAUUUCUCUGCAAAAACUGCAGUGUGGUAGCCUGCUCUGGAAACUCGAUCCACGUCAUUGAGGGGAUGCACCAUGUCAAUAUGACACAAGAAUUCAAGGAGCUCUACCUUGUGAGAGAAAAUAGAGCACUUACCAUGACGUUUGCUGACUAUCAAAUUAAUGGCGAGAUUAUCUGCAAAACCUGUGGCCAAGCGUGGGGAACGAUGAUGGUGCACAGAAGCUUAGACAUGCCUUGUCUCAAAAUAAAAAAUUUUGUAGUGGUUUUCAAAGAAAAUCCAAGGGUAAAGAAGCAAUACAAAAAGUGGGUCGAACUGCCUAUUACAUUUCCUCAGCUUGCCUAUUCAGAAUAUUGUCAAUUUAGUGAUGAGGAUUGAUAUUUGCUUUAAGAUUAUUUAAAAUAUUACCAACUUAACAUUUGGCAUGUUUAUGACCGAUGACUUCAGUGUAUACAGAAUAAAUGAGAAU